UGCAGAGACCCCACUGGCAUUGUUGGUGGUAGGCCUGGGUGGGGGCAGCCUCCCCCUGUUUGUCCACGAUCAUUUCCCGAAGUCCUGCAUUGAUGCUGUGGAGAUCGACCCCUCCAUGUUGGAAGUGGCCAGCCGGUGGUUUGGCUUCUCCCAGAGCGACCGGAUGAAGGUCCAUAUUGCAGAUUGGCUGGACUAUAUUACCAGCCUGGCAGGAAGAGAAGGAUGGCCCCACUACAAUGUCGUCAUGUUUGAUGUCGACAGUAAGGACCCAACACUGGGAAUGAGUUGUCCAUCACCAGCUUUUGUGGACCAGCCUUUCCUGCAGAAGGUCAAAAGCAUCUUGACUCCUGAAGGUGGUGAAUACUUACUCUGCUGGGAAAGAGAAGAGUACUUCUUGAGUAAAAAGUAUGCCUCCCAAGUUCAAGCGCCACCUAAAUGAUGAUGAUGUCACUGGUUCUGUGAAAAGUGAAAGGAGAAAUCUUUUGGAAGAUGAUUCAGACGAAGAAGAAGACUUUUUUCUAAGGGGACCAUCUGGACCAAGAUUUGGACCUAGAAAUGAUAAAAUUAAGCAUGUUCAGAAUCAGGUGGAUGAAGUUAUUGAUGUCAUGCAAGAAAAUAUUACAAAGGUAAUUGAAAGAGGGGAGAGACUAGAUGAACUACAGGACAAAUCAGAAAGCUUAUCGGAUAAUGCAACUGCUUUUAGCAACAGAUCCAAACAACUUCGAAGGCAAAUGUGGUGGCGUGGAUGCAAAAUAAAAGCCAUCAUGGCUUUGGUUGCUGUUAUCCUUUUGCUAGUGAUUAUCAUUCUUACAGUCUUGAAAUACCGUGCUUGAUUUGGUGACAGAGAUCUUCAUUACACAAAAUCUGGGACAACAAUAAUAAAAGAUUGCUGCAUAAUUUAAAUGAAACUUAUGUAUAUAACUUUCAAAACUUCUUUUUCAAGAAACUAAGAGGCAAAUAUCACUUCAAAUUGGAGCAUUGAGAAUGUCCAGUUAUCUUCUUCCCUUCUAACAAAAUGUGUUUUUAAAAAUUAUGUUUAAGGCAAAGAUAACCAGCCUCUAUUUUGCCAUAUUCCAAGGAUCUAAUUUGAAACUAGAUACUUGCCAGUUCAUUGUUUGUACAUGUAAUUAAACAGUGAUCACAAUAUUUCAUACUGUUAUUAUAAGGACUUGCAUUAUUGCAUCGACAUGGGGGUCAAACUGGGAGUCCAGAAGCCUAUGUAGAGUACCAAAACAUUAUGCUAAAAACAUGCAUAGCCAUUCCAUCAAUAUUUGCAAGAUUCUUCUCACAUUACAAUUGCUUUGCAAGCAAUUUCCACAUGUUUAUGGGUGAUACAAAAGCUAAAUGUUGUAAAUUUUGCUGCCUUCAGCUAUAACUAAAACAUUCCAGUAAACCUAUUUUUGACUGUAAAAGGGAAUGUGUAGUAAUUUUUUGGCAUAUAGAUUAUGUCAAUGGAAAAUUUAAACAAUACAAAAGGCAUAGUAUGGUACCAUAAAACUGGAGAUAAUAAAAUUAUUGGAGAACAUCAUUGAAGUGUUUGAAAAUGAACAGCAUGGUCCAUUCUGUUUCCAGUUAGCCUCCAAUAAGGAGGGGCCAGACCUAAUGUGAGUAAAUGAAAUCCACAAGUAACUUAUUCUCUGAUUUCAUUGAUAGCUUCCCUCUUUAACUUCCAACUAGUCCCUCUGCCAGGAGUGCUCAAAGUAGCAAAAUCAUCUGCUUAGCAUUUGCUACUUUUGCAUUCCCUGAUUAUCCCCCGAGAGAUGCAUGUUGUACAAUCAAGUGUCAACUUAGCCAACAGUGAUGAGUAUAGAAAGUCAGGAGAUAGUCCUGCAUCAGUCAGUAACCAAAUAGCUAGAGUCACCAUUAAUCUAAGUCUGUUUUUACAGUAAUAAAAUGUAUUGUUAACGUUAAAA